GACUAUACGUAACUAAUGAGUGCGUUAAGAAUAGUGAUCAUUUUUACUACUUUACUAAAUAGUUUAAUUGAAGCGGAAAUUGUUUAUAAUGGUAGUUCUACAGCCAAAGACGAUUGGUGGAAAUAUGCAACAUUCUAUCAGAUUUAUCCUCGAUCUUUCAAAGACAGUGACGGCGAUGGGAUGGGAGACCUGAACGGUAUUACUAGUAAAUUACAACAUCUAGUAAAUGCAGGAAUAACAGCUGCGUGGCUUUCGCCAAUUUUCAAAUCUCCUGGGGUCGACGCUGGUUAUGAUAUUAGCGAUUUUAGAGAUAUUGAUGAAAAAUUCGGAACUAUGAGUGAUUUUGAGCAGCUUAUCAAGACAGCCCAUGAACUUGGCCUGAAAAUUAUUUUAGAUUAUGUUCCGAAUCAUACAAGCGAUCAACACGUGUGGUUUCAGCUGUCCAAAAAUAAAACUGAAGGGUACAAAGACUAUUUCAUUUGGAAGAAGGGCUAUAAUUCAACGGCGCCUCCCAACAACUGGGUAUGCAUAAUAAUAUUUUCAAUUUCUUAUUUGGAAGUUUAUAAAUGGAUACUAAUGACAGAAGCAUGGGAAUCAACGAACCUCACCAUGAUGUUUUACGGAAAUGAAACUAAUGAGGGAGUGACUUUUCCAUUCAACUUCAAAUUUAUCACAGACUUAUCAACUUCAACAUCGGCCCAAGAUUUAGUAAAUGUCAUUUUAGAAUGGUUGAAUAAUAUGCCAGAAGGAAAAGUUGCAAACUGGGUGUUGGGAAAUCACGAUAACUUUAGAGCAGCUAGCCGUCUUGGGGUUGAAAAUGUGGAUGGAUACAACAUGUUGACAACCCUUCUGCCAGGUGUAGCUGUCACAUACAACGGAGAAGAAAUUGGAAUGGAAGACGGAGAAGUAACAUGGGAAGAAGGACAAGAUCCAAGAGCUUGCAAUGGGCUCGAAUCAGAGUUCAACACUGAAAGCAGAGAUUUUGAGAGGACUCCAUUCCACUGGGAUUCUACAGCUAACGCGGGAUUUAGCACAGCGAAUAAAACUUGGUUGCCCGUUAGUUCAAAAUACAGAACAAACAAUCUUGAACUACAAAGUAGAGAAGGAGAAAAGAGUCACUUCCAUAUCUACCAAAGUCUAAUGAAAUUGAGAAAAGAGAACACCUUCAUUUUCGGAAAUCUAGACGUAGAGGUUUUAGCACCUAACGUUUUAGCAUAUACAAGGGCAUUGGAUGGUAACGAUACCUAUGUAUUUAUAUUUAAUAAUGGAGGUAAUUCUACAACAGUGUCACUAUCUCCGUUUAAAUCUGUCACUGGGAACAUGAAAGUAGUCCUAUCCAGUACCAGUUCUUCAAGAAACGAAGGGGACAUUCUCUCAAUAGAAAACAUAAAUUUGGGUGCUCACGAGGCAAUAGUGGCUAAAUCAGGAUCAAAUAAUUUAGUACGAUGGAGCAUUUACAGUUUUCUAUUUAUAGUAUUAUUCUUAUUUCGAUUUUCUUAAUUAAAUUAAUUAACUUUUUAACUGUUAUAUUUGGAAUU